AUGAGUAAUAUCAUUUCAUCACUACUAUUGGCAUCACCUAUCAUAAAAUCUCUUUUUAAUAUUACUGUCGGGUUGCUAAAUGGUACAACACAGUUAUAUGAUAUCAACGACGAAACAUCCGAAAUGCGGAUUAUUUUCGAUAAGCCUGUUGAAAAAUCGUCACAUCAUUUAACAUUGAGUGAAACACAGCAGAAUUUAAAUGAUUUCCUCGAUCUUCUUUGGAACAUACCCAGAACCAUGAUUCGUGAAAGCAGGACUUCGCUUAUGUCUGGUGAAUGCCUGCAGGAUAUCCAUGAUUUCCGCGCUGGAUACUAUGGAAAAGUGCCUGAAAUUCUGCUUAUAGGGGAUCAGGGAUCGUAUCCGAUUAUCAGCUAUAGCAGAUUACCAGCAGCUUAUCCGUCGAACAACAACACUACCAUCAAUAAUAUUCAAGUUGCUAUUCAUAAAAUUUAUCCAAAUACGAAUUCGCAGGAUCGUGAAAAACCACAGCUUGGCCUUGAAAUUUUGGAAGCACUAGGAAAAGAAUUGAAUGAAACAUUAUUUAUCUCUACAGAAAAUUAA